AAAAUAAAAUAUUCAAAAUCUAUUUCCAAGACCAACCCUGGAAGAAACCAGGAAAAUAAUUAUAGCGUUAAUUAGCCAUGAAACUUCAAAGUCUAGUAUAGACCUGGAAGCUCUUUCGUUUUUUACGAUGAUAAAACCAAGAUUCUGAGUGUGGUAUUUUCGAUUAUCACCACAACCAUUCAUUAAAUCACAUAACAGAAGAGACAAAACCAAAACAAAAGAUGAAUCAAAAUGAGAUUAACCAAUUAUCUUCAUUAACCACUUCUCGUUUGUCAGCACUUGCAAAACCCUUCACUCUCAAUCGCUCUUCUUCUUUAUCACCUAAACCCUCUAUCAAUUCCUUCAACCAUUGUGAUAACGAUGAUCAUGAUGAUGACCCUUUUAGUUCUUUGCUUGAUUCUUUUCGAAAGAGUAACCUCGGUUCAAAGGGUCACUCUGUGUCUUUGAAUGGUACUGUCAAAACUACAACUUUGCCAGAUGAAGGUGCUGCUUCUCGUGGAAUUUCACUUUUUGAAGGGAACCCUUUUCUGGAAUUGCCUAAAAAUGGUGACUUUGAUGUGCUUAAUUGGACACAGUUUGAAGUUGGUGAUGUGAGCAUGCUUCAGAAAGUUAAGCCGGCUGUCGACGGGUUGAAUCAUCAUCUAACUGCGUCCGAUGACAUUUUUGAAAAAAGCACUGGUAUAAUUGCGGGAAAAGACAUUUUAUCAAAUUCCAAAGGAUCAAAACAAUCUGCGGAUGAGUCUAGCUCCUUUCUUAAGGCACAAAACAAAGUUGCUCCACUCAAGAUAUCACGUGAUAUAUCUUCUGCUAAAAGCGCUCCUCAAAAUCAGUUCUCAAAUAUUCUCGGUGAUAGUGACGCUGAUGUGGAUUCUCCUUGUUGGAAGGGAAAGGUUUUUAGUUUAAUUCCAUCACAAAUUUCACAAUCUGUACAAUUUCAUCAUGUUGAGAAAGCAACAGAAAAACAUAACACUUUAAAUCCUCGAGCUCCACAGUUCUUUCCUGGUAUCAGAUAUGUUACGGAUGAUUUUCUGCCUUUAAACUCUGGUGUGCCUGUGACUACUAAUUUGUUGUCAGGAGAGGACAUACUCAUGAAAACUGUUACGGCAGAAUCCCUAGUAGAGUUAAAUAAGGAAGAGCUUCGGUAUUCAACCAACAUCAACGGAAUAGAAAAGGCGUUUAAUAUGGUUAAUAAUCCAGGAAGUAGCUCUAUGGAUCCUAUGCUAAACUCACAUUCUACGAUGACUCGUCCCUUUUCUAAAAAAGACUUCACGACUUCAAAAGGAAAACAUGUAACUAUAGGUGAUGUCGAUGACUCUGUAAAGGGAGGUGAAAAUCCCCGGGCUAGUAGGUCAACGAUGAGUGAAGUUUUCCCUACAAAGGGCCAUUCUUCAGUAUCACAUACAUCAUCAUCUCAAGGCAAUGUUUAUACCGAUCUUCUAAAAACAUUUGAAGGUCUCUCCAAGUCUUUAAUCGAAUCUCCAAAGCCAGAUGUUAAGAUAAUGGUUGGUGCAAUGCAUGUUCUUUCAGAAUUGCUUGCACAAACCUGUGUGGACGGAGUAAAUUCAUAUAGUGAACAUGAUCUUAGUAUGACUACAAUCCCGCAAAUAAUCAACAAUCUGAAUGGUUUUCAUGCAAAAGUAGGUGGUGAAAGGAUUUCAAUUUCAACCCUUGAUUCAACUCCUGCUAAUAGUCCUUUCCGUCUUGAUAGCUCAUUAAAGCUUACCAAGGGACUUGAAAUGGCAAAUGUAGAGACCCUUACUGUUCCACACCAGCUCUAUCUGCAAAAUGAUUAUGUUGGAAGAAAUACUGUUCCUAAUGUGAUUGGUCAGAGUGAACUGAGUUCUUUUGCUUCUAGCAGCGGAGGAGGCACCAAGAAAAGCAACGAAGUUGGUCAGCUUCAGGUCAUUCGGAGAAGUCUUGGGAAAAAUCUGGAUUUUGACAAACAAAUGCCCCCAGAGGCUUCGUUGUUUUGGAAUUUAUGGCUUGAUUCAGAAGCAGAGCGUUGCUAUAGAAAAUUUAAAACUUAUCAUUGGCUUAUGGAAGCUGGUGUGGAUGUAAAUUGCAAAAAUGUCGCGGAAUUGUGGAGGUGACACUUGACAGUGCUUAGUAGUUUGUAGAUUUGUGAAGAUACAUAAUAGAAGCUGUACACAUCGGAGAUAUCAUACAUAUUCACGAUCGACUAAAUCUUGGAUGAAUUUCGACUUGUACAACAGUGACUGUUGCAUGUGAAUCCGAAGGAUCUGGACUGCGACGAAGAGGAAGACAACAUUGUACUACGGUGUCGGUUAAUUUAUUUUCUUCUUCUGGUUUGUCUUAAAUUUGGCAAAAACAUCAAAUAUGUAUAAGCAACUAACCAAGUCUAACUAUUUAAAUGUUAAUUCUUGUGUUGGAAGAUGGUUA